AUGCCCGACGUCGUAGACGCGGAGAAGCUGCUGAAGGCAGCGGGACCCGGGGUGUCCAAGCACUUGAAGGAGCUUCUGAAGAAGAUCGCAGGCCACCCAUCGGCGGACAAAGCGUACGAUAAAGUUUCGUCUCUUUGCGUGCUCUCGCUCUGCAUAAUGUGAAGGACUAGAUGUUCUUGUUCAGUUCUUGGCUUUAGUAGAGGACUCGCCCUGCUAAAAAAAGGCUAAGCCUCUGCACGUUUCUAUUUUCUCUUGCAGGUUCCAUGCACUUGAGGUGUACUCAAGAAAUCUGAAGCUCGCGCCACCGAAGGCCAAAUCAGCUUACGACCACACCCUCACAGAGGAGGAGAUUGCCUCGAAGCUCAAAGAUGUUGACUCCGUCAAGAAAGUCGCCUCGGACCCGAAAGACGAUGAGGGCGCGCUUCUGCGUAUAAUUAUGCAAAAUUUAGCGUUUUGGUGUUGUCGGUUUUUCUCCUGGUUCGAUAGGUAGACUGCUUUUGUGUACUAGCGUUUAUUGAAGUGUCUAAUAUAUAUGGUGUCUCGACGAGAACGAAAUUCAAAUUUCCAUUCUUACAGCAAUCUGCGCCCUGCCAAACUUUUUGGAGGAGAAUGACGUGCUGACAUGGGCGGGAGUCGGGUUUUCAUCAGGAAAGGCCAAUGCCGUUAUGAACAGUCUCAGGCACUUUGCCGCAACAACAGAGGGGUUGAAAAAGGUACGAAUUUCCCCUGAUCCAUCUCUUUUAAUUCCAAGUCGCGGCGCAAUGUUUGGAUGGUGCCAAUUCAAAAAAAAUGCAUCGAUAAAUGAUUACAGGUGCGAUUCUGGGGUAAGAUUUGCGGUUCCGGCGCUGAUUACUACAUUGCAGAGGGGCAGUUGGAUGCCGCUGGGGAGGAGGAUCCAGAAAAUCCAGGCUUUGAGCCACUCGGGAGUGGGUCAAACAUGUUCGCAUACUGGGUAUAGUUUAGCUUCCGGUUUGAAAAUCUUUUGACGAGCCAUUUCAUAGUUCAUGUCUUAUUUGUAGGUACUAGUACUUCUUGAGUCAUAUACAUAUUGCGAUCGUGCAAGGAUAAGAAAAUCACACAAAAAAAUUAUCCAAAACUCACUCCCCAGGUGACCAACUCAGUAACAACGCCGAACUGGGUAUGGAGAGAAAAAAGUUUGUCACAGUCACUAACUUGCAGGUUUUGCAUUACAAAUUUUCUCAGCAUCACAAACUUUCCUUGUAUUGCAGAAACACUAGGGAAAUCCCUAAUGAAGUUUGGCUGUGAUGCAUUUUUACGCAUGACAAACAAUUUUGUAUUGCAAGAAUGCGCAUGAGUGAUCGUGACGAACUUUUUUUCUUUGAUACUGGGUGCGAUUACCCGACGCCACCCCGGAGAGCAUCGUUGCCGCACGAGGAUUGAAGAAAAUUUUCACCGGCGACCUCGAGGCCCCUAUCCAAUGCAAAAAUGUCUGGGUCUGGAAACUUGUAAUGCUGCGUUGGGAACAGUGAAUGCUCUGUAAUGCACCACCAAGCAUGAGAAAUAUCUGCGCUUCUUUGUGUUGCGUUUUUCGCAUGACAAACUGCGUUUUUGCAUGACAGGCGAAAGGGUCUCUUCUUGGACACGCAUCACAAACUUUUUGGUCAUGCCCGACAAGCAUGACAAAACUCGCAAUCUUCCAGACCCAGACAUUUUUGCAUUUGAUAGCCCCAGUCGUCACGGUCCCCUACUUCGCCGCGCCGGAAAAACUCCUCUUGCGCGCCCAGAUCGCAAGAAUUACCGCGGAUACCGUCCUGAACGUAAAGGGGUACUUGACCGUCAGCGAGGACGACGGCAGCAUCGCAGAAGCCGAGGAGUUCGUCUUUCCCGAUCAGAGCACACUGCUCAAGCCAGAGGGCUGGAUGCACUGUACUGAGUGAUGAAGACCUUUGACGUAGUAGUUUACGAACUUGUUCUGCGUUUCAGUUCGUGACAUCAAAUUUCGUGCGAGGACCUCACAAGGCUAUUCAAUUAGCGAGAAUGAUCUAAUGCAAAAACCGAAUCAGGCGUGCCGCACAUCCUCCGCACGGGUCGCUGCUCCUACAUGGAGAUCGAUGCCGAGGCGGAGCCAGAGGCGUUCGCUGCUCAGGAAGCCAAGAAAGCGUCGGACCCCGUGCAGGAACAGCUCCGUGGCGUCAAGUCAAAGGAUUGGGCCUUCCGCUCGCAUGCCGGCGCAGUCGUCAGCUGUCGCUCCUCCAAGUUUCCCGGUGCCUUCUGCGUCUCCAAGGGAUCGGCGUUUGUGAACAUGUACUGAUAGAAGAUUUUUUUCGGCUCGAGUGAACUUGUUUUUUCCUUCUAUUUUCAUCCAAAUCAACGAGAAUCUAUCAUGCAACACUUGUCGAAACCCAACGCCUGCAUUCUUGCAAACAGCUACGUCGGCUAUGGGUUGAAGAGGAGCACGAACUUCUUUUACUGUGCGCCCCCCGCCGUGUUGAACGAACCGGAGGACUUACCGGAGUGCAGCGAGCCCACACCCGCGGGUGGUCAACCGGCGCCGCCGGCGGACGAGUAGGUACUGAAAAAAGAAGAGAGGCCUUGUACUAUGAUGUCACAAUGAUAUACCAGUUUUCAUUAACACUAACUCUAACUAACAGACCCGAGAUUCAACAACUCACAAACAGAGAAAGUUAGUUGAUCAAGCUAACACUAACAAGAGCGAAUCGAACUUGGAUACAGUUAUCUUCAGACAGAAGCAAAAAAUUAGAAAUCUGUGUACACAAAGCAGGCAGAUUCACAAACUAUGGUUACUUAUUCAAAAUGAAACGGUUCACUACCUUCGUCGCACAGACUGAAAAUUUCCUAUGACCUCUCUGAAGAUGAAUACCUCGAAACGACUUGAAACUAUGUCGACAUUGUAACACCGAAAUCGUGGAGACCGCCGAAAUUUAUGUCAACAGUUUUGCGUGGAGCCAAUUGCAGACGCGCAAGGUUCUGCGGUUUC